AAUGGGACUAGAUCAGUUUAAGCUUAGAAUAUCUGGUUGCUGCAGAUGAGUUGGACCAAAGGGUCUGUUUUCUGUAAAAAUCUAUGACUCAAAGUAUUUGUAAGGAAACAUAGAGAUAGAGUUUAAUAAAUAUAUAGAUAAACUUCUAAGGUAAACUCUAGUUUCUUUUAGGGAACUGUAACUUAUCUUAGAAAAGAUAACUGUAAGAUAAACUAGCAUGUCAUGUCCCAGAAAUCUGCUUGAAGGUUCUACAUCAGACUGCUCUGUAGCCUUUCAAACAUUUAGAAUCUCUUAGUCAUUUUUUUAAAAAAUGUAACAUUCAAGUCUGGCCUGAAUUAGAUGGAGAUCAGUGAACCCAAAUUAAAACAGACGUUAUAGUUUGGGGAGAGGAUGCUGCUUUUGGGUUUACUUGCCAGUGGUGUGGGGAGGGCGGAGAUGAAGGUGUGUGAAGACGACACGUAGCUUUUCUCCGCUGCUUUUACAUGAUCUCGGCAGAUGGUUCAAGCCUCCAGAGCAGCUUGGGGAUCAUUACUGCUCAGGUUGGGGAUCUUAAUGUACAGUCUCAUUCAAAGUUUGUCUUUGUGCAAAGGCAAUGGCUGAUCUCGUGGUUUUCUAACUGCACAGGGGUCUGUAGGGUGUCAGUAUUUGCAGGAGUGCCCACGUCUUCUGUACUAUUUCCAUGGGGUUGCGCUGCGCUCCCCCUAGUUGGGAGCCAGGAGCCAGGGCUGCAGAACACACAGAAACCUUGCGUUGCGUGUGACGUCACUACGCCCACGAGGGGGUGCGUCUGACGUAUGACGCAGGGCGCAGUGGGAACGGCAAUGGCGGCGGAUCGCACGAAGGCGGUCGGAGCUGUUCGAACGUCCCGCUCUGCACGGGAUGGCUUGGACAAAAGCAUCACGCUGCCGCCCGACGAGAUCUUCCGCAACCUGGAGAAUGCCAAGAGCUUCGCCAUCGACAUAGGUGGAUCCUUGACAAAGCUGGCCUACUAUUCAACAGUGCAGCACAAAGUUGCUAAAGUGCGAUCUUUCGAUCAUUAUGGUAAAGUCCCUGAUGAUGAACCAUUGUAUGAGAUCUCAGUUCAGGAAGAAAUCACUGCCCGACUUCAUUUUGUUAAAUUUGAAAACGCUUAUAUAGAAACAUGUCUGGACUUCAUCAAAGCACACCUGGUGAACACAGAGACCAAAGUGAUUAAAGCUACAGGAGGUGGUGCUCACAAAUUCAAGAAUCUCAUUGAGAAAAAGCUGGGACUAAAGGUGGAUAAGGAAGAUGAAAUGACUUGCCUAAUAAAGGGUUGCAACUUUGUGCUGCGAAAUAUUCCACAUGAAGCCUUUGUGUACGUGAAGCAUGCAGAUCCUGAAUUCCGCUUUCAGACAACGCACCCAGAUAUCUUUCCCUACCUGCUGGUGAACAUUGGGUCAGGAGUAUCUAUAGUUAGGGUCGAGUCUGAAGACCAAUUUGAGCGGAUUGGAGGAAGCUCAAUAGGAGGUGGUACGUUCUGGGGGCUUGGAGCAUUGCUGACAAAAACAAAGCGAUUUGAUGAAUUAUUGCAACUUGCUUCAAAAGGGCAGCACACAAAUGUGGAUAUGUUAGUUCGUGACAUUUACGGUGGGGCAUAUGAAUCCUUUGGGCUGACUGGAGAUCUUAUUGCCAGUAGCUUUGGAAAAUCUGCCACUACUGAUAAAGGUAGGUACAUCUUAUUCAGUUGCCACGUCUUGAAUCCUGUUUGGCCAGAGGCAGUUUCUUGUAAUAACCUUUUAUAGAUAACGAUCGUAAUA